AUGUAUUACCAAAAUGUCAGAGGAUUGAGGACUAAAUUAGACGACAUUUUCCUUGCUUCGAUCGACUGUAAUUACGACGUUAUUAUUCUAACGGAGACUGGUUUAGACGACAGCAUCAACUCGCUCCAGGUGUUUAGUACCUCUUUCAACGUCUAUCGGUGUGAUCGGAGCCCACUGAACAGUGAUAAGCGUUCUUUUGGUGGUGUACUGAUAGCUGUAGCAGAACGACACUGCAGUUCACGAAUUGUUGCGUGUCAUGGUAGUAGGCUUGAACAGGUGUGUGUUGCUGCCAACAUUGGAGGUACUCGUUUCCGGUUUUGCGCUAUCUAUGUUCCUCCGGACAAAAGCCGAAAUGCUGACUUGAUGGAUGAGCACAUUUCCACCGUUCGUGAGCUUUGCGAAAAUGCGUCCGAUGAUGACAUCGUGUUCGUGUGUGGUGAUUACAAUCAACCUCGAAUUGCUUGGUGUAUUGAUGAGAACGGAAUCCGUCCUGACAAUUCAUCUUCUGUGACCCCAGCAGGAACCGCUUUGCUAGAUGGAAUGGAUUUCCUGAACCUAUUCCAAGCAAAUGUUCAACUCAACAGUUUAGGCCGUACACUCGACUUGAUUUUCGCUCCUAUACACAGUCGUAUUUUGGUACAUGCUGCAGAAGAUCCCUUGCUACCAGUCGAUUUCCACCAUCCACCACUUAGCGUCCGCUGUGAUGUUUCUGGCAACAAACAACAAACAACUCUUCAAGAGGCAAAUAGAUUCGAUCAAAAACUAAAUUAUCGCAAAAUUGACUUUGACCUGCUCCUUGCUCACCUGUUUGGUCUGGAAUGGAGUUUUAUUUACGACAGUGAGGAUGUGAAUGAUAUGGCUGCUAAAUUCAGCGAUGCAAUCUGUGAUUGGUUAAGUGCAAAUGUUCCUAUGAAAAGGAAACCGGCGGUCCCUCCCUGGAAUACGCCUCAACUGAAAAAACUAAAGCGCAGUCGAAGACGUUGGCAUCGUUACUUGAGAAUUCAUCAUUCGACCUUUGCAAGAUUGAAUUUCAAACAUGCUAGUGACAAUUACAGACGGUUGAAUGCUGCACUGUAUAAAAGUCAUGUUCUAAGAGUGCAGAAUAAUUUACGUCGUGAACCUAAAUCUUUCUGGAGCUACGUGAAUAGUAAGAGGAAGAAUACGUCUGUCACUCCUAAUGUGGUUUAUGAGGAUAGUGAGUCGACAAGUGAAUCUGAAGCGUGUGAUCUAUUCGCCAUUGGACGCUGUGGAUCUGAAUACUUUUGA